GAAUCCUUUCCCCUGCUAUCAUCCGAUACAACAUCUAUUCAAAAAUACGUUUGUUCAUUUAAUGACGAAAAUCAUGUACCUGUAGUACGAGACGAUAAAGUUCGAAAUAUUUUAGUAGCGAAUUAAUUCUAUUUCUUGUAUCUCUAAUAACGUUAUUUUCAUCAAACAUGGAUAAAAGAAAAAUGUCGACAGCAGGGGAUUCCCUGUACCAAAUUUUAGAGAUUCCAAAAACUGCCACUCCUGAAGAAAUUAAGAGGACUUACAGAAAGUUGGCGUUAAAAUAUCAUCCUGAUAAAAAUCCAAAUAAUCCAGAAGCAGCAGAAAAGUUUAAAGAAAUAAAUAGGGCACAUGCUAUAUUAACAGAUUUAACUAAAAGAAAUAUAUAUGAUAAUUAUGGAUCACUUGGACUAUAUGUUGCCGAGCAAUUUGGCGAAGAAAAUGUCAAUGCGUACUUUGUUGUCACUUCUGGUUGGUGCAAGGCCCUCUUCAUAUUUUGUAGUUUGAUAACUGCAUGUUAUUGCUGUUGUUGCUGUUGCUUUUGCUGCAAUUUCUGCUGUGGUAAAUUCAAGCCAACACCACCGGAAGACAGUGGAGCAUAUCACAAUUUACAGCGGGACCAGAACCCAGAGGCAAAUGUCGUGACGAAUCAGCCCAGAGGCCUGGUUAAGGAAGAGGAAAGUGACGAUGAGGCGAUUACGGCACAACCACAGGGUGGCCCGCAAAACAAUUCAACGAAUCAACAACCCAUUUUUGCCAUGCCUCCACCACCCGCUACCGUCGAUGAGAAUACAAAUCUGAAUAGCGGUGCUGAAAGAGUUAUUUACACAACUGCCGCCUCUACAAAUCCUUUCAUUGGAGCAAAUGUUGGUACUACUAGCUCGAGUGCAACAAAAUGGUAGUCAC